AUGACUUGUGUAGAAACUUGCAAUGCUACUUCAAUAAAGAGUGCAAAAGUGCUUGAUGAGGAAGUUGAAAACAAGGAUGUUGAGAAGGAAGAUGAUAAUCGUGCAGCGGAAGAUGAGGAAGAUGAAAUUGUUGUAACUGAGGUGAAUAAAGAAGUGAAAAAAAGAGAUCAAUCCAAAAGGAAGAAAGCAUGUGACAAAAUGGCAAGCAAGAGUGCAAAAGUGCUUGAUGAGGAAGUUGAAAACAAGGAUGUUGAGAAGGAAGAUGAUAAUCGUGCAGCGGAAGAUGAGGAAGAUGAAAUUGUUGUAACUGAGGUGAAUAAAGAAGUGAAAAAAAGAGAUCAAUCCAAAAGGAAGAAAGCAUGUGACAAAAUGGCAAGCAAGAGUGCAAAAGUGCUUGAUGAGGAAGUUGAAAACAAGGAUGUUGAGAAGGAAGAUGAUAAUCGUGCAGCGGAAGAUGAGGAAGAUGAAAUUGUUGUAACUGAGGUGAAUAAAGAAGUGAAAAAAAGAGAUCAAUCCAAAAGGAAGAAAGCAUGUGACAAAAUGGCAAGCAAGGCUGGGCCGUGUCCCGUAUCCCGUAUCGGUCUGCGUUACGUUCUACCAACAUUGUUGCAAGGAAAAUCUUUUCAAUAA